AUGUCCCCAGCCUCACCCGGGAUGCUGAAGAAAUUCCCACAGUCCAACCAGGAACUGGAGGAGACAAAGGCGUGGACACAUUUCUCGGCGUCUGACAGGGAGAGUGUGGGACGAAGUUUGUUCUUCAUCCACAGCUCUGUCUCCUGCAGGCAGGUGGUCAGCUUCCAGGAUGGCAGGAGUGCAGAGGGGGGUGGAUUUGCAUUUAGGAAAAUCUCACCCAAAUAUGACCACAUUGUCUGCAAAGUUCUGAUCCAGCCAGGAUCUCCUGAAGUCUGGCAGCUGAUACCAAGGAAAGAGAACAUUGGAACUCUGACAAAAAUGACUCUAGGUGAAAGAAAUGUGACAAAGAUGAACAAAACCAUCUUACUUGUGGGUGAAACAGGAACAGGAAAAUCUAAACUGGUCAACGCUCUGGUGAACUACGCCAUGGGAGUGAAGUGGGAGGACGAUGUCUGGUUUCAGAUCGUAGAGGACGAGAAGAAAAGUCAAUCAGAGAGUCAGACAUCAGAUGUGAUGGUGUACCAGAUCUUUGGUUUUGAAGAUAAAACUCUGCCCUACUCUCUGACCAUCAUCGAUACUCCUGGAUACGGAGACACCAGAGGGCCCGAACAAGAUGCCAUUGUCAGUGAACGAUUAUUUGACUUGUUCCACUCAGAUGAAGGAGUUCAUGAGAUGGAUGCGGUGGGUCUGGUGCUGAAAGCCAGUGAGAAUCGAGUGAGUGACCGACUGAUGUACAUCUUUGACUCUGUGGUGUCUCUGUUUGGAAAAGACAUGGAGAAGAACAUAGUCGCCCUCAUCACACACUCAAAUGGAAGAAAACCUAAAAAUGUUCUGGAAGCACUCGAGACUGCAAACAUUAAGUGUGCCAGAAACGAUAAGAAUCAGCCUGUCUACUUCCUGUUUGAUAACUACCAGGAUGAAGACAGGUCAGAGGACCCAGAAGAACUUCAACGUUCAGAUGAAAUAUCAAUGAAAGGCAUGAGUCAGUUCACAGACUUCCUGGAAAAAUCUGCACCUCAAAGGCUGGAGACCACUGUAGAUGUUCUGAAGGAGCGAAUCAGACUGGCAGCCUGCAUCAACAACCUGCAAGAGAGGAUCGAGUUCAUUGAACUGAAACAAGAAGCAGAAUUUACUAUAGAAGUAGAGGAGGUCUACAAAAUUAAAUGUGAGGGAGAGUGUCGUGAUUCAACACAUGUGAAAACUUUCUGGAUCUAUGAGCCCAAGACAAGAACAGUUCAGAAGACCAAGCAACAAAUGAAAGAGAAAUAUGAAAAGGGCAAAGCAGAAAGUGAGAAGUCAACAGACCUUUUGGAAAACCUGAAGAAGGAAAUAGAAGAACUUCAGAAUAAAAAGGAUGAGUGGCUGGAAGAGGCCUAUCAGCAUGUCCUCAGUCUGGAGAAGAUCGCCCUGAAUGUUAAUUCAGCUUCAACUCACGUCCACCUGGACUUCCUGAUUCCUGAU